AUGGCGGUCGCUCAAUCCAAGCCAAAGCCGGCUUCAAAGGCAAAUCCCAACAAUGCUCCCAAAACCAAGAUGCAGAUGCACCGACGCUCACGGACAGGUUGCUACACAUGCAGACUGCGGAGGAAGAAGUGCGACGAGGGCGCCCCCGCCUGCACCGCCUGCAAGCACUUGGGUCUGCGCUGCGAGUACAAGAGACCCGUGUGGUGGAGCAACAAUGACCAGCGCCGCUUCCAGAAAGACAACAUCAAGAUGAUCAUCAAGCGGAAGAAGCUGUCUGAGAAGACCACCACCGCCGCCUCGCAAGUCAUGACGCCCGGCGCAGAGACCCCGCCGAGCCUCUCCCACUCGCUGCCCACCUCGGCCACCUUCUCCGACCCGCUCGAUCGCACCCGCUCCGCGUCCAUCGACUCCCAGCUCUCACUGUUCGACUUCAAUGCGCCGCCGGGCAUCGCCGAUUACACCGCCUACAAUGCCCAGAUGCACUCGGCGCACUCGCAGUAUGCCUCCUUGUAUCCCGACUUCUCGCCCUACGAGAUCGACGUCAAGACCGAGCGACAGAUGUUCGUGGACGAUAUCCCGACCCGUCGCGAAUCGACCAUAUCAACGUUCAGCACUUACCACCCGCCGCCUCCCCCGGACGCCAUGCUGCCCGGCUUCCCCGUCGACAAUGACUGGGCCGAGAUCUACGAUGAGCGGAGGGACUCGAUGGCCGACGACGCCUUGGAUAUGAACUUCUUCGACUUCUCGAGUGGUGCCCCGGCCUCCCUCCCACACGUCGCCGUCGAGCUCGACGAGGGUGACCAGCGACUGCUGGACCACUUCAUCUCGGACGUCCUCCCCACCGUCUUCCCCAUUCUUGAGACCAACCAACCGGGAUCCGCGCGGAACGAUUACGUCCUGCCCGCCCUCCAGAGCAACAAGUGCUACCUGCACUGCUGUCUCAGCAUCUCCGCUCAGCACUGCAAAGCCACGAUGAAUGUACAGGGCGAGCAGAUCGACAACGACAUCAUGCGCCACCGCUACGCGACCAUCUCAGAGCUGUGUGCCGCCCUCAGCCGGGACACGGAUCACACCUCCAUCUUGGAAGCAACCCUCGGCAUGAUCCUCUUCCAGUGCUCCGUCGGCAGAUUCGACGACACCCUGCCCGACAUCCCCUGGCAUCAACAUUUCCAGGCGGCCAUCUCGCUCGUGCAGAAGCUGGGGUUGAGCCAUCUGGUCACUGAGUCACACGACCUGAAAUCCUUCAACAUGACUCUCGCGGCGUGGAUCGAUAUCCUCGGCGCGACCAUCCAGGGCCGCGCGCCAACCUUCGCGCACACCUACCGGGAGAAGCACCUCUCGCCCACCAACCCUUCCCUUGGGCUCCGGGAGUUGAUGGGCUGCGACGAUCGCGUGAUGUACCUGAUCUCCGAGAUCGCCUGUCUGGAAGCACUCAAGAAGGAUGGCAUGGGCGACAUCCAACUCUGCCAGCACGUCCACGCCCUGGGCGAUCAGAUCGGUCUGACGGAGAUUGGGGAGACCGGCCCCAAGAUCCCCUUCAAUUCCAAUGGGGUGCUCAACCCACGGCAGCUCAGCAAGAACUUGACAGCGGCGUUCCGCCUGGCGGCCCGUAUCUACCUCUGCAGUCUCGUUCCCGGCUUCACGCCAAGCCAAGCCAGCUGCGUCGGUCUCGUGGAGAAGCUGACCCAGGUGCUCGAGUUCAUUCCUGCCGGCCCGGCUGGGUUCGACCGCAGUCUCGUCUGGGUCUAUCUCAUUGGGGGCUCGGUCAGCACCGCCUCGUCGACCUUCCGCUCCUUCUUCCACGAGCGCAUGGCUGGUCUCGGGGACCUCGCAAAUUUUGGAAGCUUCGGCCGAGUUGCCUACCUCCUGAAGGAGGUCUGGGAGCAUGUUGACGGACGUUUAAGUCCCGGUGGUGGUGAAGCACACUACGUCUCCUGGCGAGACGUAAUGCAGAUGAAGGGCUGGGAUUUCUUGUUGAUCUAG